ACAUUUGCUUGUCAUUGUCACAUUUCUGUUUCUAAAAAACCGAAAAAUAUGUUUUUAAUUAUUUGAACUUAUAAACAGAGAACAAUUGUUGUUACUGUGCUUGCAUUAAUUUGAAUCUCUGCAAGUUUAAAAAAGAGGCAUACCUUUAUUUACGAUUAGAAUAAUCGUUGACAAUGUGGAUUAGAUUUCGAAUGAUACUUUUAUUAGUGUCUAUAACACUUGUUUACGUCGUUGCAGAUGAUUUUAAAGAAGAAAUAUUUAUUAAACCUUUACCGCCAACUAAUCUUUACGUCUACUUCCAAUUUAUUACUCAAAAUGAAGAAACAUCAUUUGAGCACUCCCACUUAGCGCCACGGUCUCUGGGGGAAAUUAUGUCUCGUUAUCAAGUUGAUGAGCUGCAUCUUACAUUGACUGAAGGCCAAUGGAGACAUAACAAAUGGGGCUAUCCUAUUUUAGAUGCAUCUUCUGGUGCAGAACUUUAUGCUUGGUUUUCGCCCAGUGUCACUGAUGUUGAUACUCAUUGGAGGAAGUUGAGUGCUACUCUAUCUGGACUUUUCUGUGCUUCACUCAACUUUAUUGAUAACUUUAAUACUGUAACACCUCAGAUGGCCAUGUGGCCCAUGGGAGCAAUAAAGGUUAAUAAAAAUGUUACAUCACAGCUCAGAUAUGCUACAUUGCCAAGAGAAAUUGUUUGCACUGAAAACUUGACACCAUGGAAAAAAUUGUUGCCAUGUGAGUCAAGCCAUGGUUUUGCAGCACUUCUUAACUCAAGAAUGAUUCACAACACUAAUUACCAUUCCAUAGGAGUACAUGUUAGAAAAAUAUGUAAAGUUGAAGACUGCUCUGAAAUAAACCUAGAAAUAAAGCAAACUGUUGCAUUAGUAUAUGAUUUAAAAAUUAUAAACAGUUUGGAUUGGUCAUUUAGAAAACUGUUUGGUCAAGGUUUGCCAGGACCAUGUCCAUUAUCAUCGUCUAGCAAAAUCUAUGUUGAUGUCUCCUCUAAUGAUACAUUUCCAUUUAAAUUAAAUCCUUUGCCAGACAGUGUAGUACUUUCACAAAGAGGAGGCAGUGAUACAACUCUUGCUAUUUAUAAUAUCAUUCCAACAAAUCAUAUGAUAAACAUUGGAGCUGAGUAUGGUACAAAAGACAAAGUACUGGUCACAAUACCACCACCACUAACAUUUAACCGUUAUGUGCUUGGUUAUGGCAAGGAGUUUGGUGGUAUAGUUACUGAAAUAAAAAAUAACUACUGGGCACCAAUUGAUAUUGUUUUAUUAGAAAAUGCUCCGUGGUGGUUACCUAUCCAACUGAGCUCUCUAAGAAUAAAUGGAGAAGCACAAAGUAAACUAGUCAAAUCUUUGUAUUAUUCUCCUGGUCGGAGUCGACAGAAGCCUUAUCAUCUAGAACUCCUUAUGCGUUUACCUUCAAAGUCUACAACAACGAUAACAAUUGAUUUUGAAUUUGUUUUCUUAAAAUGGCAAGAAUAUCCUCCGGAUGCCAAUCACGGGUUUUAUAUUGGAUCCGCUUUGAUAUCUGCAAAUCUACCCACUGCUAGAAAUUACACUAGCUUACCUGUCACUGGAAGUACUAUGGAUUCAAUAAUAAAUGCAUCAAAACCAUGGUAUCCAGCCAUAUUCAGAACUAAUGGGGCAAUGGUUUCGUUGCCAACUCCUGACUUCAGUAUGCCAUAUAAUGUAAUAUGUCUUGCAUGUACAGUUGUAGCUUUGGCUUUUGGACCUCUACAUAAUAUUUGCACUAAAGAACUUGUAUUAAAAGCUGUUGGAAGCCCUAUUUCUUUACGACAGAAGAUAAUGAACUUGUUUAAAAAGAAGCAGGAUUAGUAUUAUUGUUAUUAGUUGCAGAUUACCAAAUAUUUAUUUAAUAAACUUAU